AAAACUAAAUUCAACAAAUAUAUUUUAGCCAAAUCGGAAAAUCAAUAAAAAUUCAAAAACACUAAUUUCAAGACAUCUUAUGCUAGCCUACCCAGUACAUUCACUGAAACCCUCAUCUCUUCUGAUAAACAUAUAAGUCUACACAAACACAAAUGUUAAAACUCAGAACAAACCAAAAACACUUAUUUCAGAAAGAGAAGAGAAAGUUCACAAUUAAUGGAGAUCAGAUCACUUGAAAAUGAAAAUGAAAAUCUGCUUCUCCUGCAAGAUCUGCUUCCUCCCAACACAGAGGAGAACAAAACUCAGAUACAUAAAGCUAUUAGUCAGACGGUUUUAAGCACAGCCCAGUUGGCUAAUCUUUUACCAACUGGAACAGUUCUUGCUUUCCAGCUUCUAGCACCCAUUUUCUCAAAUCAAGGCAGAUGUGACCUAGUUAGCGGGCUCAUGACAGCUGGGUUAGUAUUUCUCUGUGGACUUUCAUGUUUCCUAUCAAGCUUUACAGAUAGCUUCCGAGACAAGAAAGGCAAUGUAUGUAAUGGCUUUGCUACGAUUAACGGAUUCUGGAUUUUUGAUGCAUCGGCAACUCUUCCACCUGAACUUGCUGCAUACUACAAGCUAAGGUGUUUAGAUUUCAUGCAUGCAAUUAUGUCAGCACUUGUAUUUGCUGCUAUUGUACUGGUUGAUCAGAAUAUCAUGAAUUGCUUCUGUCCGUCGCCGACAGUUGAGAGACGAGAAAUUCUUACGAAGUUGCCGGUUAGUAUUGGUGUGAUAUCUAGUAUGUUGUUUGUUGCGUUCCCUACAAAGCGCCAUGGAAUUGGAUUCCCUCUCACUCGGCUGCUUAGCGCUACCGCUGCUUAAAGUUUUUGAAGCAGUCAACUCAUUAUGUUCUUUCCUUGUUAUUCUGUUCCUUACAAGGCGAAAUACAUACAUAAACCUACUUCAUUGUGUAGGUUUGUGAACCAUCCAUCAAUUGUCUAACAUGUCAAUAUUGAUGAAACUAACCAAUAAAUAAACUAUUAACAAUUAAUGGAUGGUUCGCAAUCCUAUAUUAACAAUUGAGUUCAUGUUAGAAUUUCUCCACUACAAGAGGUUUCAUAUGAAAAAUCAGUUAUGAUUAUUGUUGUCA